AUGGAGGAUUCAAGCACUCCUCGUUUCAGAUGCUCUCACUGUGCUGGCCCUCUUUCCAAAGAAUUGGAAACCAGCAAUUGGACUGUUCCACCGCUCGUCAGGGACAGCUUUUCCAUGAUUGGUUCUGCUGUUGGUGGCACAGCAAGUGCAUUCUAUGGGUUUAACCAUGCAAUGCCAGUUGUUCAAAGAUAUGUAAAGGGGCCUAUGUGGUUGCAUUUCCUCAUUGGUGCUCCACCUGUAAUAGUCUUUUCUUCAGCUUGCGCAGGUUUGUCAGGUGGUGCCAUUCCAGCACUAGCGCAACUUGUCUCUUCAUCUUAUCAUGCAGCAAUCUCAUCAUCAUUGCCUCCACCAGCACAACAGGAUGAUAAGAUGCACAAAUCGAGAACAUCUACUCUGUAAUUCCUUCUCUUCACGCAGAGCUUUUCAAGUAAUGAUUCUCCCCAAACCCCCCCCCCCCCCACCCCGGCAAUGUUAAAUGGACCGCUCGGGUUAUUGUAUAUUGUAGAACUUUCAACGAUGAGGUAAAUAAACAUUCCUUAUCCACCAA